UUUGAGAAGGUGAAGAAUGGUGGAAACAAGAUUCCUUCUGCUUUUCUGCCUGUGAAUCAGCAAAAAGGAGGAAGAGGAAGAAGAGCUGGUUGUGAGCAGUCCUUCCUGCUGUGCGUGGCAGCUCUGGAUGGUGCCAGCGCUCGGUGACGGCGUCACUGCCUGCGAGAAGGGGGGGCUGGCAGCCACCAGGCACUGGGACGUUCUGUGAUAGCCAGAGUGCCUGGUUAUCUCCAGACCUGAAAGCCACAUGUGAGCUUGGCAGAACUUCUCCAUCAAGUCCUGUAGGAGCUGCUUGCUUGUUUAGUUCCGAAGGUCGUGUUGAUCAUGGACAGUGAAGAAAUCCCUACUUUUUCGAGUCCAAAGGAGGAAACUGCAUAUUGGAAAGAGCUUUCCUUGAAGUACAAGCAAAGCUUCCAGGAGGCCCGUGAGGAGCUGGCUGAGUUCCAGGAGGGGAGCAGGGAGUUGGAGGCUGAGUUGGAGGCACAGCUAGUGCAGGCUGAGCAGAGGAACAGAGAUUUGCAAGCAGAUAACCAAAGACUGAAAUAUGAAGUGGAAACAUUAAAGGAGAAACUGGAGCACCAGUACGCCCAGAGUUACAAGCAGGUGUCGUUGUUGGAGGAUGACCUGAGCCAGACAAGGGCCAUCAAAGAUCAGCUGCACAAAUAUGUGAGGGAGCUGGAGCAGGCCAACGAUGACCUGGAACGUGCCAAGAGGGCAACAAUAGUUUCAUUGGAAGACUUUGAACAAAGGCUGAACCAAGCUAUUGAGAGAAAUGCAUUUUUAGAAAGUGAACUGGAUGACAAGGAGUCGUUGCUGGUCUCUGUACAGAGAUUAAAGGAUGAAGCAAGAGACCUCCGGCAGGAGCUGGCUGUGAGGGAAAGGCAGCAGGAGGUGACCCGAAAAUCAGCGCCCAGCUCCCCCACGCUGGACUGUGAGAAGAUGGAUUCAGCUGUCCAGGCCUCUCUCUCCUUGCCAGCCACACCCGUUGGAAAAGGAUCAGAAAAUAGUUUUCCUUCCCCAAAAGCUAUACCAAAUGGGUUUGGUACCAGCCCACUCACUCCUUCAGCUCGAAUAUCUGCACUCAACAUUGUGGGAGAUCUGCUACGCAAAGUGGGGGCCUUAGAAUCCAAAUUAGCUGCUUGCAGGAACUUUGCAAAGGACCAGGCAUCACGGAAAUCCUACAUUUCAGGGACCGUGGGCAGCGCCGUGAUGAGCAGCAGCGGCACAAAGUACCCACACCCCGGGCACACGUCCUUCUUCGACAAGGGGGCAGUGAACGGCUUUGACCAAGGGCCCCCCGGCCUGGGGGGCUCCCGACCCUCCUCGGCGCCGGGAAUGCUCCCCCUGAGCGUAUGAGCCCCCGGGCUCGGACUUGGAUGCUUUUCUCAGCCCACCUCGAGAAGAACUGCUCCCGAUCCCUCCCCAUUCCCACCCCGCUGGAACGUGACCCCGAGAGGAGACCCCGAGCCCAGGCCCUCCAUGUCCUGUCAAUACAGUUUGUUUUCUGCUCUCGCUCUAGUGGACCUUCUCUGCCCCGGCCCCACGAGCUGCCACCCUGCUGUGCUGGGGACACUGAAUCCUGCUGUGCUGGGGGACACCAGGUCCUGUUCUGUGCUGGGGGACACUGUAUCCUGCUGUGCUGGGGGACACUGAGUCCUGUUCUGUGCUGGGGGACACCAAGUCCUGCUGUGUUGGGGGACACCAGGUCCUGUUCUGCCUGGGGGACACCGAGUCCUUCUCAGUCUGGGGGACAGGCCCAGCCUGGCCCCCUUGGCUUUCCCUCUCCUCUCACUUAGGUCUGACAGAGCCUUGGCCACUCUGUCACAGGCUCCCCUGUCCCUGUCCCCUCCCAGUGCCCGGGGAGGCAGAAGUGGCCCUGGGGCUGUUUGCACUUGGCAGCCAGCCCCAGGUCCUGUCUCAGGGGCAGCUGCAGCCGGGGCAGUCAGAGCAGGGCUGGAUCAGCAGCUCCAGCCCGGCCAGGCCGGGCCCAUCCCUGCUGGACAGCUGGACACACACCCAGAGCCCGGCUCUGUGCCCAUCCUGCCCCGAUGGGCCUGGCAUGGCUGAGCUCUUCUCCCUGGGCUCCUGCCCUGCUGGGCAGUGCUGUGGCCAGGGCUGUGCCCUCGGGUGUCCCCAUGGCUGCCCCACAGCUCCCUGGCCCUGCUGGCCUCCGUCCCUCACCCCACACACGGUAACCCCAUGGGAGCUUUAGGAAGCUGCUGCUCCCCCUGGCCCAGGAGCCCCCUGCCCAUCUCGCCCUGUGCUGUAGGACGGGGCUGUGCAGCCUCUCCUGAGGGCUGCUCUGACAGUUUGGGGCGGCUGCACCUUGUGGGUCUUUCAAGCAGCACAUCUGUGUGGUUUCUCUGUCCGUGUGCCUCAGAGCCGGUGGAUUUUUAGGCUGAACCAGCCCAUGGAGCCAGGGUUGGAGCUGAGGGUUCAGCAGUCGUCCGGCAGGGGCUCUGCAGCUCCCAGGUGGUUGAGUUACAAAUGCUGAGGAAAAAACCCCACUGGCCCAGCAGUGGAGGUGGGAUUGUCCCUUUGCCAUUAGGGUUUGUAUGGUCCUUCCUUCCUGUGCAUCCUCUGCUGCAUUUGACUGUUUACAUUUGUUUUAUUGUACAUAGAUUUGUAAACAUAAUACCUUUGCCUGAGGUCUUUGUACAUAACUUGGGCUUUGUAGCUUUAUUUAUUCAGCCUCUCUCUGGCAUGUUCCGUAGGAUGUACCGUUCCACCCUGGUGCCACUGACACGAUGUGGUUUCAAAAGAAUGAAAACAAAUGAGAGUAAUCUUCCAAAAAUAAAGUUCUUUUAAUGUGGAAUCAGUGGAUUUUGCAGAA